ACGGACGGCUCUUCUGCGGAAAGUAAACGCGCUUCCAGGGCUGUAUUUCCCAUUUUCUCCUCCCUUGUCCCCCUUUUUCUUUCUCGGCUUUCCCUCUUGCUGAGAUGAGGAAAUAAUCAACAGAGUAUCAACUGCUCACGAAGUUCUGAAGUUGGAAAGAGUGCGGACAGGAGAAAAGGAAGAUGCUGGGGUUAGAGGUCAUCACGCUGUGUCUUCUUUUUGGAGCCCUGACUCAUGGCCAGACACCAGAAUGCGGCAAGAAAAACGAUUGUCCCAUAGAUGUGUACUUCACCAUAGACACAUCUGAGACCAUCGCCCUGCAGGAGCCGCCUCCUGGAGCGCUAGUGGAGAGCAUCAAGAACUUCACUGUGCGGUUUGCAGAGGCUUUAAAAGAUGAGGUAUUCAGAGAUAAUGUGCAUAUCACCUGGAAUAUCGGUGGACUGCACUUUUCCCAGACACAGCAGGUGUUUAGCAGACUCGCAUCAAAGAGCGAGUUCAUCUCUGGUGUCACCAAUAUCCGUUACCUGGGUAAGGGCACCUACAUUGACUGCGCCCUCACCAACAUGACCCAAGAAAUGCUGCGCCAACCCGUAAACCACGAUGCCAUCCGAUUUGCGGUGGUCAUCACCGACGGCCACGUUACUGGAAACCCGUGUGGGGGUAUCAAAGUGUCAGCAGAAAAGGCACGCGACGAGAACAUCAGCAUUUUUGCUGUGGCAGCAUCCAGGAGCUUUGAUAAGACGGGUAUGAACGAGAUCGCCAACACUCCGGAAACAGUCUUCAGGCGGAACUUCAUGGCUGUGGAUCUGAGCCAGGGCAAAGCUGUCAUACAGCAGGAUACCAUUGACCGUAUCAUCAAGACCAUGAAACAUUUGGCAUAUAACAAGUGUCACAGUGUAAAAUGUGUGGAGACACCAGGGCCUCCCGGUCCAAAAGGCCACAGAGGACAAAAAGGAGCUAAAGGAGACAAUGGCGAUCCAGGUCUGAAAGGAGAAAGAGGUCGCCAAGGAGACCCCGGUAUUGAGGGUCCCAUCGGUCAGCCUGGUGUCAAAGGAGAAGCAGGUCUUAGAGGUGAUAAGGGAGAGAUUGGAACUCAAGGAAAAAAGGGUGUGGCCGGUAUGGGAGGACGCAACGGGACAGAUGGACAGAAGGGUAAAAUUGGAAGGAUCGGCGCUCCUGGCUGCAAAGGAGACCCAGGCGACAGAGGUCCCGAUGGUCACCCUGGCGACGUUGGUGAACGUGGUCUCCCUGGAAAUGAUGGCGACAAGGGAGAUCCUGGCCGCUCUGGAAGAGCUGGUCCUCCUGGCCCAUCUGGAGAUUCUGGACUAAAGGGAGAGAGGGGAAGUCCUGGAUCACCUGGCAUCCCUGGAGAGAAAGGAAACCCAGGGACUUCAGGAAAACCAGGAACAAAAGGAGAGCCAGGGAGAAGAGGAGACUACGGCCCCAAGGGUAGUCAAGGGUCAGAUGGAGGAAAGGGUGAAAAGGGUGAAAUGGGACCAGAGGGUACAAGAGGACUUCCAGGUGAAUCAGGAAACAAAGGAACAAAGGGAGACAACGGUCUGCCAGGCCCCAGAGGACCAGCAGGGACAGCAGGAGAGCCUGGGAAAAAUGGUACCAGAGGUGACCCCGGUGAUUCUGGACCAAGAGGAGAGCCUGGACUAGCUGGACCAAAGGGAGACACUGGAAGACCUGGCUUCAGCUACCCAGGACCAAGAGGACCAUCGGGUGAAAGAGGAAUAAAGGGCAAUCGCGGACCUCGCGGCAGCAGAGGGGAAUGUGGUCAAAAGGGUGAUCCUGGAAAUAAAGGACCUUCCGGAGGGCCAGGUGAGCCAGGGCCUCAGGGUGAACCUGGACUUCGAGGAACCAGAGGAGAGCUCGGGCGUGACGGAGAUCCUGGCCCAGAGGGAGAUCCUGGUCUCACUGAAUGUGAUGUCAUGAACUACAUCAGGGAAACGUGUGGCUGCUGUGACUGUGAGAAGCGGUGUGGAGCCCUGGACAUUGUGUUUGUGAUUGACAGCUCAGAGUCUGUGGGUCUGACCAACUUCACACUGGAGAAGAACUUUGUCAUCAACACCAUCAACAGACUGGGAUCCAUGGCCAAAGACCCCCACUCAGAGACAGGCACAAGGGUUGGAGUUGUUCAGUACAGUCACAAUGGAACCUUCCAAGCCAUCAAGCUUGACGACCCCAAGAUUGAUUCACUGUCUGCUUUCAAGGAAGCAGUGAAGAACUUGGAGUGGAUCGCUGGAGGAACGUUUACUCCAUCCGCUCUGAAGUUCGCAUAUGACAAUCUGAUUAGGGACAGCCGCAGAGCCAAAGCCAACGUCACUGUAGUGGUCAUCACGGAUGGACGUUUUGACCCCAGAGAUGAUGACACGCUGCUAAAAUACCUCUGCAGACGUGACGGUAUUGAAGUGAAUGCCAUCGGUAUUGGAGACAUGUUCGACCAGGUUGAGGAGAAUGAGAGCCUAAAGAGUAUUGCCUGCGAUAAAAAGGAAAGGGUGCAGGGCAUGAAGCGCUUUGCAGACCUCGUGGCUGAGGAGUUCAUUGACAAGAUUGAGACCGUGCUCUGCCCAGAUCCCAUUAUUGUAUGCCCUGACCUUCCCUGUAAAUCAGAGCCUGCUGUGGCCAGUUGUGUUCAGCGGCCAGUGGAUCUAGUCUUCCUAUUGGAUGGUUCUGAGAGGAUGGGCCUGGAGAACCACCGUCGUGCCAAAGAGUUCAUAGACAACGUGGCUCGCCGCCUCACACUGGCCAGCACCGAGAGAGAUGACAGGAAUGCCCGCAUCGCUUUGCUGCAGUAUGGCAGCCCACAAGAACAGAGAGUGGAAUUCAAGCUCUCACACAAUCUGACAGUGAUCUCUGAUUCACUGGCAGGAGUCACCUACAUGGACUCCUCUUCUGCUCUGGGCAGUGCUAUCAUCCAUGCUGUCAACAAUCUGGUUUUCGAACCAGUUCCAAACCAGAGAGAACCAAAUCGCUUGGCUCGUCGCAAAGCUGAGCUGUCCUUUGUGUUCAUCACUGAUGGCAUCACAUCCAUCGACCAGCUGGAUGAGGGCGUGUCUGCCAUGAGGCGAGCGGAGGGCGUUCCCACUGUGAUCGCCAUGGGAACUGACACAAAUGAAGAAGUGCUGCGGAAGGUGUCGCUAGGGGACAUGUCAGCUGUCUUUAGAGGAGAUAACUACAACAUGCUGAACAAUCCCGCUUUCUUUGAGCGCUUUGUCCGCUGGAUAUGUUAGUGAGGAACUGUAACGCUCUACACCAUAGAUUUAGAAUCCAUAGAAUGAAAGAAGGGCCAGCUAUUUCAUUGUACACGUAAAAACACAAUUGUUCGUAUUGUUACUGGAUGUAAGGCACUAAGACAGCUGCAUGCCCUGUUGUUAUGGGUAAAGAUUGAUUUACAAAAAACAAAACUAUCCAUGUAGGGCCAGCAGACACACACAGGCAUACAAGUUAUUUGGUGUAACUUUGUUCUGUUUAUUCUAACUCUAUGGUCCGCGCUUCCAACCAAAGACACUCUUAAGUAUUCCAGAAGAGGUGUAGGAUUAUUGAAUGUGUACGAAAAAAAUUGUAGGUUUUAUUUUGUUUCUAUUUUGUAUUGAUUUUCAGUUUGAUGAAAAAGGUUUGUUCUUUCUUCACCAAGUCAGUAUUACCAUUAAAGGUGCUAAAAUAGAAAGAAAAAAAAGAGGACGAAGCCAUCUGACUGGUUUUGAAAACUUUUUUUUACAUCAUAUAUUAUGUUGUAAUUACAAUAGUUUGUUCGGGGGACAAAAAUAAAUAUACAUCUCACACAUAAAUGCUCCACAAUCAACCGCACAAGAUCACACACACGCACACACAUACAGACAACCACAUACAAUGUAGUCAGCACACACAUAUAUUCACAAAUAAACACGAAACACCCAAAUCUGUAAACAUUAAGUCCAAAUAAAGCCUAAUGUGGUGAACCCAA